AUGAAACCUAUCAGGAUUCUUGGCGCAGCUGUGUCGGCUGGCCUUGGUGCCGAUGCAUUGGCCCAAGCGAAUGGCACUUCCAUGUCAACGGGUUUCAAAGGUUGUGAUGCCCUCCUUAGCGCAGGUCUCGGGGACAUUCUGGCAUUCCCUGCCGAUGUCGCCUAUGGCGAGAGCACGUCAACGUAUUACUCGUCGGAGAACCGACGCCUGAGACCUUACUGUAUCGUUCAACCUCGGUCUACAGAAGAGGUUUCGACCACUGUCAAAGCUUUAGCUGGGGUAAGCGGUGCUGGCAAUUGGGAUAUCGCCGUCCGCUCUGGUGGUCACUCCGAUUAUGACAACAACGCUGUCCACCGCGGCGUCACCAUCGACCUCACGUUCUUCAACACGACCGAGCUUGUCAAGAGCAGCUGUUUCAAUGGAACGGCUCCGUGGACUGGCCAGAGCAUGCUGACUAAGAACGUGGCGCAAAUUCGCCCUGCAGCACGCUGGGGCAACGUCAUGACAUACUUGGAGCCGUAUAAUCUCGGUGUCACUGGCGGCCGUUCCGGCCACGUCGGCGUGGGUGGCCUUCUUGUUUCGGGAGGCGCGUCCUAUCAUACCCAGCUCUGGGGUCUGUCGUGUGACAACGUCGUCGGAUAUGAGGUGGUGCUUGCGGAUGGCUCUAUCGUGGAGGCGUCCGCUACGGAAAACGAAGAUCUCUUCAAGGCCUUGAAGGGCGGUGGCAGCAAUCUUGGUAUUGUCACUCGAUUCGAUCUGCGGACCUUCACGAUCCCACCCAGUGGUGCAUACGGUGGUCUUCUUUUCACCUCAUGGAGCAAUCUUGAUGUGGUCAUCAACCAGUUCGUCAACUACGCCAGCUCCAUCGGAUCAGGAAACCCGGAUCAUGAGUUCGUUGUCUACCGAUCCGACUCUGGCAGUCUUUCUGUCAUGGCCAUGGCUGUUGCUACCGACGGAAACGAGAAUUCGCCAACUUUCGCACCUUUCAAUAACAUCACGUUGACGAGAGAUGCAAGAGCGAAGCAGCCGCUCAGCAAGGUCGCGGCUAGUAUCGCGGACACCGGCGGCUCGCACUACGUCCCUUUCACACUGUCCGUCCAAGCUACUGCUGCGAUCAUGAAUAAGGCCGCCGACAUAUUCGUCGAGCUAACUCAAGAUUUCGACGCCGCGGACGUUCCGGUGUCCGUCAACUUCGUUUUCCAGCCUCUUCCCAAGAGUCUUGCUGGUGUCACACCCAGCAACAACAUCUUGGGACACGAUCAGAACUUGCCGGCCGACUCGAUCUUGUUCGAGGCAAGAGGCACCUUGGCCGCCGAUGAUGCUGUUUAUGAAGGUGUGGUGCAGUCCAAGAUGGCUCAGGCCAUUGAGGAGUUGAGGGCAUACUCAGCCUCACUGGAGGGACACUCAACAUACCUCUACAUGAACUACGCCAACCCAGAACAAGACGUCAUCGGAUCCUAUGGCGUGGAAAACGUUAAGUUCUUAAAGGAAGUAGCUGGAAAGUACGACCCGACUGGUUUCUUCCAGCGACGUGUGCCCGGUGGGUGGAAGGUCGAUCGUGUUUGA